AUGCAGGACGUGCGUGACCAACCGAGCUAUCUACUGCAUCAAAGCGCCGAGCUAUCGAGCGGCAGCAUGAAUGAAGCCCGAGCAGACGAAGACAACGGGAGCGUCAACGACAAGGUGCUGCGGCGGCGUCUCCAGUACAAGAUCCACCAACGUCGUCAUCGAGCGAAACAAAAGGAAAAGGCAGCCACGUUGGACGUUGACGUGCAACAGUUGGCGGCUGAGGUCGAGACACUGAACCACAGACGGCAGGCACUUGUACUGCAUAGCAAUUGUUUUGCAUCACGAGGUACGAUCGGAGGCGUGCCGGCCCGAACGGCCUUGGAAUACUUUCGGCUGUUCCAGCUCGGGGUAUCUCUGCGGUGCAUCGACCAGCAAGAGCAUUUCUUGCGCGUCAUCAUGACACCCGAAACCAAAGGCCCCGAUUAUGUGGGCGUGGACUUUAUCGUGACACAGUGGCGUCGGUAUUGCAAUUUCUAUGCCUACACGAGGUACGAGCCACUGGGCAUAAACAUCACGACUGUUGGCGACCUUACGGUCGUGGAGGCCGACAGCAUCUUCAGCAUUCGAGCUCGACGGGACGGCAUUGUCACGCUCUAUCCGUCGCUUAAUGGCAACCCGGAGCUUACGCAAAGACUCUCAGGGAGCGUCAUCAAUAUCCACGUCAAGUAUUGCUUCACGUUCGACUCGGCUGGCUUUGUCACGUGGUUCAGUGCAGAGUGGGACCUGGUCGACGCUUUGCAACGUACGCUGGGCAGUCUAGAGGACGUGACGACCCUCUUGUCAAACGCGAACAUCUCGUCGUCGACGGGCCAGAUACGCGUGCAGGAAAUGUCCGUGCCGGAGAUGAAACCCCGCACGAAUCCUCGGCACGACGUCGACUUUUUACUUUCGUAA